AUGGCCACUUCGUCCUCUACCUUUCAAACGGCUCAAUCUUUCUCCUCAUCUACCACAAGUUGGUCUCUGACUGGGUCUACUUUGUCUACUUCAUCAAUUACUAUUGACAGUACUGAAACCGACGUAAUCUCAACGACGACAACCAAAUUUGUUACCGUGACUCGUCAGCAAAAACAUAAGGCACGCGAACUUGAUAAUCUAGAGCCGAACGGGAUAGAUGUCGAGCGAAGAGAUAUCAUUCGGCGUCAGAACAACGCGAAUACUGCCACUGUUCCACAGUCCUUGACAGCUUUCCCCUCAUCUAUUAUCAGCGCUGCAUGUAGUCUGAACGCUUACCAACCUACAAGUUUACCAACCGUAACAAGAACCACGAUUUCAACAGUAGUCAAUACUCUUUAUCAAACUCAGCCAUCAGCCUACACCGACCAAUUGAACACAGUAUCGAGCGAAACAACCGUCAAAUUCGGUACUGUGACGACGUUAGUGACAAUUGAUCCGUUCACUGUACGAAACACACGUACAACUCUCACCACAACGACGAAGACAGAGACAACUGCCUGCAUUGCCUAUGCUACCCCUGCUGUCUACUUGAGCAGUCCCACAGCCCUUGUGGGCAGUCCGUCAGGCGCAGCGGCAAAUUAUGAUGAUUUCUCAUAUAAAUUGACUACUCCCUUUCCCUUACAACUCGAAGGACAUGAACUGACAUUCGAGCAGUAUGUGUUCAAAGGACAACCUCAGGGAAUAUACUACCAAGUUGAGGGCACUAAGAUCACAUUUGAAUUUUACUUGUCUCAUUACAACGAUGCCACACAAUACUAUCAUUACCUCCUCAUUUAUGAUACAACUCAGCCUGGCAACGUCACGUUCAAGUAUCUCCAAGUGCUUGACCUUGGCGCCAGUGCUACGGUUGGAGUGCAAGGCAAAUACCUGCUGAAAUUGUUCACCAAAAGCACCCUAGGAAUUCUGCCCCGCGUGCCUACUGGGAACGCUUGA